AUGUCGGACAUUGAAAAGGGCAUCGAAUCCGCCGAAGAUGGCAAGAGAUCCAGGUCCUCCGGCUCAGAAGCCUUCGAGGGCCUUCCCGCCGUAGACCCCGGAGUGUACUCUGGCCGACACGAAGUCGGAGAACCCACCGGGCGAUGGGCAAAGUUUGACAGAUUCAACAGAUCCUUGGAGCAGAAGAUGGGUAUCGAGUCGAGAGGUAUCGAGCGUGUGUCCGAGUCGGAUCGAACAGACAAGAGACUGUAUGGCAACACCUUCAUCUGGAUGUCUGCCAACAUGGUCUUGCCUACUUUCGGUAUCGGAAUCCUCGGUCCCCUCCUCUUUGAUCUUGGUCUCGGCGAUUCGAUGCUGGCCAUCCUCUUUUUCAACGCUGGAACCGCUUGUAUCCCAUCCUUUAUGGCUACUUUCGGUCCCAAACUCGGUCUCCGACAGAUGACUUCUGCCCGAUACUCUUGGGGUUUCUACGGUGCCAAGUUGGUGGCCUUUUUGAACUGUAUAGCUUGUGUUGGCUGGUCCAUCAUCAACACCAUCUCUGGUGCUCAGACCCUUGUCGCCGUCUCGGAAUACAGGAUCUCUGAUGCCGUCGGUACCGUCAUCAUCGCCAUCGUCACUCUCGUCAUCGGUCUUUUCGGCUACAAGUUUGUCCACACCUACGAAAGGUACUCUUGGGCGCCUACAUUCGUCACCUUCCUCGUCAUGGUCGGUAUCGCCGCCAAGCACCUUGUCAAUGUCCCCAUGGGUGUUGGACAAGCCGAGGCCGCUGGUAUUCUCUCUUUCGGUGGUACCAUCUUUGGCUUCACCAUCGGUUGGUCUAGUUUGUCCAGUGACUUUAACGUCUACAUGCCGUCCGAGGCCAAGUCUCGAGCCGUCUUUGGCUGGACUUAUCUUGGUCUAAUUGUCCCUCUUCUCCUGGUCGAGUGGCUCGGUGCCGCCAUCGGUGCUGCUGCUACUGUCUACACCCCCUGGGCCGACGCUUAUGCCGAGCACGAGCUUGGUGGUCUUGUCGGCGCCGUCUUCAUUCCUCCCAUGGGCAAUGGUGGUAAAUUCUUCAUGACCCUUCUCGUUCUCUCCGUCGUUGCCAACAACACCGUCAACGUCUACUCUAUGGGUUUGAGUGUCUCUGUCGUCGCCAACUGGCUCGCCGCCAUCCCCCGACUUGUCUGGCCGUUCGUCAUCACCGGCAUCUACAUUCCCAUCUCCAUCGUUGGCGCCAACCACUUUGCCGAUUCCCUCGAAGACUUCCUCAACGUCCUCGGUUACUGGCUCGCCAUCUACGCUACCGUCGUCAUUGAGGAACACAUCAUCUUCCGUAAACGCAACUAUGACAACUACCACGCUUCCGAAAGCUGGAACAGGUCAGACAAGCUGCCAAUCGGUCUUGCCGCAAUCUUUGCGGGAUGCUGUGGUGUUGCUGGUGCCGUCUUGGGUAUGGCCCAGGUUUGGUACAUUGGCCCUAUUGGCGCCAAGGUUGGUGGCACUGCCGACCCCUUCGGUGGCGAUGUUGGAUGGAUCCUCGCCGCUGUGUUCACUGGUGUCGUCUACCCCGGUGCUCGAUUCCUCGAACUCAAGUGGACCCGCCGCUAG